CGAGCCAAGAUGGCUGCCGAGAAGUGUGCGAAGAUUGUGCAGAGACUCUCAAAUACGUCAGGCGAAGAGUUAAUGAUAACUUUACAAGAUCUUAGUGCCCUUCUUAACAGCUCAUCUUUUGGUACUCGUGAGAUAGCGCCUCAUAUCCCAGCUCGUUCGUUGUUUGGCUGUUUCAGUACAACCAACGAAGAGCAAAUUUCACUGUGCAAAGGGAUAUUGAACAAAUUACUAUCUGUAGAGAAGGCAGACGCAAUUAUAACUCAGUACCACGAUUUCGUCAUCGAAGGUUUGAAUCAUCCACAGUUUGAGGUCCGCGAGUUUUGCUUGGGUGAGCUGGAAAGAUGCUCUGCAACUGUUAACGGCCUUCUCGCUAUUUUGGACAAUGUGGAUAUCCUGGUUUACACCACUCGUGCGCUGAGCAACGAGAGCCUUGCUUGCGUCAAGUUGGCCUCAAAUACGCUUAUCAACACUGCAAAACAUGAAUCCGGCCUGGAGAUUUUGUUUGAACAUCAGAUUCAGAGUGAAAUCGAGGAGCUUCUAACGAAAAAAGAUGUUAUCCGGUUCAGAGUGUAUGAGCUUUUUGUGGCUAUCCAACGUCUCUCCGAAAAAGCGUUUAAAUUAUGCAGAAAAUCAGGUGUUUUGGAGAAAUUGGCAAAAGAGCUUGAUGGAGAUGAUAUUUUGCUCAGAUUGAACAGCAUUGAGCUUUUGACGCAACUUGCAGAUUCAGGAACAAAUGGGCUCAUGUUUGUUGAAGAAAGUGGCAUAGCAAAUAAGCUGAACAAUUUAUUGAUUACUGCUGAAGUAGAUCCACUGAUCUCUUUGAUGUUACCAAGUAUUAUCAGAUUCUUUGGUUAUCUGGCUCAGUCCAGACCAGCAGAAGUGAUUCAGCAGUAUCCAGCCUUUUUGGAAAAUGUCAUCUCCUUCCUAACAGCUGCAGAUCCAUCUCUUAAACUGAUUGCCAUAGAAACAGUUGGUGCUGUGUCACAUUCAGAAGCAGGUCUGCAAGUAGUAUUUGAUGACAAGAGCCGCAUUCAUGAGAUCAUGAAAGUCUUGUGCACAAACAUCACUUCUUCCCAAGCUGAUGUGAAGGCUCGUUCCUUGGAAACUCUGGCCUUGAUUUUUCACUCCACUCAAGUUCCUUCUGAGGAUUUGUCAGCUUUGACAAGAUUGCUCUUUAUUGCUAUGACAUCUAAUCCACUUCAGGAACUGAUGGAAAUUUCUAAACAACCUUUUCAAGAUGUUCACUAUGCUGUGUUGAAAGUGUUUAGAAGUCUUGCCAAAUACCGAUGGGCACAAGAAAACAUGACCACUUGCCCAGGUUUCCUUGAAUACCUUUUAGACAGGAAGACAGAAACAGACAAGACUGGCAAGGAACUGAAGUAUGAGUUUAUAGCAGAACUUGUUCAUUCUCCAUUCUCUAAGGAAGUGUUUGACAAGCCCAUUCAUUUACGACUGCGGGAAUAUGAACGUGAGGGGCCAUUCUAUGUUCAAGCCGAGGCAGCUGUAGCAUUUGAAGGAGCAGACUGAAACUACUUUGCUGUGGUUGUAGUUCAUGUUUGGUCACCGUAAUUGUACUGUAAUCUACAAAAAUUAGUUACAUUUGGAUCAAGUUAGUUCAAAUUAUUCCAACCAUAACACUAAGGGUUUUUCUUAAAGAGUGUUAGAAGGUGUUUUAGACUGUGCUAGUCAUAAAGUAAUGCUAGUAAUUCGAGUUCUCCUGUCUUUUCCAUUCUGAUGUAUGGAAGGAACUUUGGCAAAGGAAACUUUGACCUCUCAUGUAUUUUAAACCCAAAAAAGGCUAUUGCCUAGAUUAUUUAGGUAAAGGAUGCGAAGGAAUUCUUUUUGUUUAUUAAUUUUUGAAAAUGUGAUAAUUGAAUAAAGACAAAUUGUAGCCUGAACAAAGUAGCCUGUGUACAUACAAGUCCUUUAUUGGACGAGGAGAGUAAAUUUGCACAUGGUAUAGUGUCUGCAUCAAAGUGGGGAAAGCUUACUAAGCGUUUCACAGUAGAAAUUAGAGAUCUUUAUUAGUUUUGAUAAAAAUGCAUUUUUACUAUUUCAACUUAAUGUUCGUUAAAAGGGAACUUUGUAAUUUCUGAUUUUAUCUAUUGAAAAUUUUUCAUGGCUUUCUAACAACCGAUGAUGAUGUUCCCGUUAACUUGAAGAAUGUAGAAUUUAUAUUGCAGCUCAUAGCAUUAAGAACACACCUAAAAACUUUCCCAUGCUUUGCCUAUAAAUUACUUGUUUUUUGUGAAUACAUUACAUUGAUAGUUUUUGCUCAUUUCUCAAUUAAUAAAAAUCAGAACAACCAG